AUGGCUCGUAAGAAGUCUGCAGCCAAGAGAGCCAGAGAGGCCGAGGACGCUCCACAGGAGCCGGUCAAGAAGGUCAAGGAAGUGAAGGAAGUGGAAAAAGUCGAGGAGGAGUCGCCUAGUGACCCUAGUGACGAGAGCAGCUCGGAAGAAGAGGAUCAGUUUGGUGAUCUUUUGACCGAGGACGUUGAGCAGGGCAUUAACAAGGUUUUGGAAGCUAUCAAGACCGGAGACAAGGCUCUUUUUGACAAGAACGUUACGUUUUUCAAAGACCCCGAGGAAGGCGGUGUUGAGAAGGCCAAGGAGCAGAAACCAAUGUAUUUGAAAGAUUACCAUAGAAAGGUUCUUUUAGAUGGACAUGCUUUUGAAGACGAGGAUGGCGAGGAGCGUGAGUGGAAAGAAGGCGAGAAGCCUUAUGCUUUGCAACAACAAGAAGACAAAAGCAAGCUUCUUUCGGAGAUCAACACAGCUUUCAGCGACGACGAUAAUGACGACUUUUUACAGAAGAAAGAGAUCCAACGGGAAGUCAAGGCCGAGAAGCUUCUUCCGGACCCACAGCAAGACGGCGAGAAGUUUCUUGAAGCCUACUUGGAAAACGCUGCCUGGAUUCCUGAGAACGAGGAGGAAAGACCCGAUCUUGAGGAAGACGACGAUCUGUUUGACGAGGCUGCCGAGAAGUUUGAGAAUGCGUAUAAUUUCCGGUUUGAGGACCCGAACUCGGCAGAGAUCAUCUCGUAUGCGAGAUCCCAGGCCACCAUGAGACGCGAGAAGAUGAACAGCAGGAAGAAGCAGAGAAUAAAGAAGAAGGAGCAGCAGUUGGCGGAGGAAGAAGAGAAAAAGGAGCUUUUGCGCAAGAAGAAGCAGAAGAAAACUACACAGGUUCUGGACCGACUGGCGGAGAUCAAGGCUGCAGUGGGCGAGGAGGUUUCAGAGGCGACGAUUGCCAAGGUUUUCGGAGACUCGUUGUUGAAGGACGACUUUGACGACGCGGACUGGGACAGCAAAAUGGCGGAGAUUUUUAACGAGGAGUUCUAUAACGAGGGAGAAAAAGAGAAGCUAGAUGUUGGUGAGGUGGAGGAUGAUGAUGACGAGGAGGUUGAGGAAGUUGAGGAGGUCGAGGAGGACAUUUCCACCAAGUCGAAGAGAGCCCAGAAGAAGGAGGAGAAGGUGGGCAAGAAGAAAGAGAAGCAGAAGCUACGGGAGGUGGCAGAUAAGCUGGUGACCAGCCACUCGGACCAGCUGAUGGAGGAAGUGGAGGAAGAACGCGGCCGUGGAAAGGACAAGGACGAGAUCAAGUUUCGGUACCGUGAGGUUUCGCCCGAGUCGUUUGGGCUCAGUACAAGAGAGAUCCUGGUGGCAGACGAUAAGGACUUGAACGAGCUGAUUGGACUCAAGAAGUUUGCUCCGUACCGCCCCAAGGAGUCGCGUUUGAAGGACAAGAGAAAGUACGCGAAGAAGAGACGGUUACGUGAAUGGCGGUUGAAGGUUUUCAAGAGCGCUGAUGGACUUGCCAACGAGCCAGAAUCAAAGUAG